AUGGCCCAUGCUGCAGCCCAUCUGAAAAAGGCUCGCGAGCUUGAGCUGCAUUCAGAAUACAAAGCUCUGCAGAAAGCCAGGGAGAAGAGGAUACGGCAGCGAGAAAAAGCUGAGCGGAAGCGUCAGUCUGACAGUAACACCAGUUUCCUCCGGGCCGCUCGGGCUGGAAACACAGACAAAGUCCUUGAAUUCCUCAAAAAUGGAGUAGACAUCGGAACCUGUAACCAGUCGCUGUGA